GUUUCCUCUCGUGGUCGAAUUUUGCAUAUUUUAUCAGCACAAAUAUCCGAUACUGCUCGAUAUGUUUGUGUUGCACGAAAUGCUGCUGGUGAAGCUAAGAAAAUUUAUGAUUUACAUGUUUUGAUCUCACCAAUAAUUAGCGAAACUUCUUCCUCACCACCGUUGCAAACAAUAAUUCCCGGAAAUGGUUUUGCUUUGGAAUGUAUAGUUCAGGCUAUUCCGGAUCCACAG